AUGCCUGACAUCAGGUCCUUCUUCGGGCCCAAGGGGGGUGCACCCCCUCCGAAGCCACAGCCCGCACCCAAAAAAGCCGAACCACCAGCCAAGGGCCGCCGGGGCCGCAAGGUCGUCGAGGACAGUGACGAAGAUGAUGUUGCUGUGAUUGAAGACAAGCCCAAGAAAGCUACCCCGAAAAAGAAAGCGAAGGAGGAAACCAACGAUGUGAUGAUUUCUGCGAGCGACUAUUUCGCAUCUUCCAACAGCAAAGCGAACAAGGCACCUGUUUCACCUGUGAAGAAGGUGAAGGCCGAAGUCGAGAUUCGGACAAGUCCCAGGAACAAACAAGCCGCGUCAAAACCCGCGCCCAAGCCGGCAGCCGUGCCAUCACCGGCCAAGAGUCGAGCAGCCACGAAGAAGCGGAGCGUGACGGCAUAUCAGGCCCACGAUGAUGACGAUGACGGCGAUGCCUACCGAGAUGAUGGCGCAGACGAAGACGACGAUGAUAUUUUUGCAGCCGAUACCAAAGGACGAGGCAAGCGCAAGAACGACGACUAUGCCGAGGAUGAAAGCGACGAGGACAUUCUGCCGAAGCCGAAGCGAGCAGCUGCCCGGAACAUCACUUCCGAAACGACGGCACCCAAGAGCAAGCCUGCGGCGAGUAAGAAGAGGAAAUCGCCCGAGACCGAGUCUGAGCCCGAGGAGGAGAAGCCCCGCAAGAAGCAAGCGCCCGCCAAACCGCGCGCUCCCAAGGCGAAAAAGCCUGCUGAGGCCGAAGAUGCCUCUUACCAGGCCAUCCUUGAUGACAUCCCCACAGUCAGGGCGCCAACGCCCCCUGCGAGAGACCCCGAUGCCAAGUUCGACUGGAGGACGGCAAGCAAGACUGGAGGCAACGGCGCUGCACCGCCCUUGAACCCUGGAAGCGCCGAGUUACCAGAGGGCGAGGAUGAAUGUCUUACUGGCCUCGCCUUCGUCUUCACUGGUGUUCUUCAAACCAUCGGUCGCGAAGAGGCACAGGCUCUUGUCAAGAGGUAUGGCGGAAAGGUCACGGGUUCACCGAGCAGCAAGACGAGUUACGUCGUGCUUGGAGAAGAUGCCGGCCCUAGCAAACUCAAGAAGAUACAAGAUCUCGGCAUCAAGACAAUCGAUGAAAACGGUCUUUUCGAGCUCAUCAAACGCCUUCCUGCAUAUGGAGGCGGCGGCAAAGGAGCAGAGAAGGCACGGGAGAAGAAGAAGCAGGCCGAGGAGAAAAUCAAAAUCGACGCUCGAGAGAUGGAACGUGAAGAGAAGGCCCGAAAGCUCGAGGCUGAAAAGGCCGCUCAAAAGGCUGCCGCAGCCCGUGGUUCGGCCGCACCUGUCAAGCCAGCAGCCCCUGUGGCCCAGCUCUGGACGUCAAAAUAUGCACCCACGCAGCUCAGCCAUAUCUGUGGCAACAAGGCACAGGUUGAGAAGAUCCAGAAUUGGCUCAAAAAUUGGCAAAAGAGCCGCAAAUGGGACUUCCAAAAACGGGGGGCCGACGGCAUGGGUGCGGAGCGAGCCAUCAUCAUAUCCGGCCCCCCGGGUAUCGGCAAGACCACAGCAGCACACCUCGCAGCCAAGCUGGAAGGGUUCGACGUCAUUGAGAGCAACGCAAGCGACACCAGAAGCAAGAGGCUGGUGGAGGAAGGUGUCAGCGAAGUCAUGAACAACACCUCGCUACUCGGCUUCUUCUCUGGCGACGGAAAGAAGCUAGAUGCCGGCAAGAAGAACAUAGUCCUGAUUAUGGACGAGGUUGACGGCAUGUCGGCCGGUGAUCGCGGCGGUGUCGGAGCUCUGGCCAAGUACUGCAAAAAGACAGAAGUGCCUCUGAUUCUCAUCUGCAACGAGCGUCGUUUGCCCAAGAUGAAGCCCUUCGAUCAUGUUGCCAUGGACAUCCAGUUCCGACGACCGACAGUCGAUCAGGUUCGAUCUCGUAUCAUGACCAUCUGCCACAGGGAGGGACUAAAGCUUCCCCCUCCAGUGGUCGAUGCGUUGAUCGAAGGCAGCAACAAGGAUAUUCGUCAAAUCAUCAACAUGAUUUCGACAGCAAAACUCGACCAGUCAGCCAUGGAUUUCGACCAAGGCAAGGCCAUGACCAAGGCUUGGGAGAAGCAUGUCGUUCUGAAGCCCUGGGACAUUUGCCAGAAGAUGCUCGGAGGCGGCCUCUUCGCGCCUUCUAGCAAUGCCACGCUCAAUGACAAGAUUGAGCUCUACUUCAACGAUCAUGAGUUCAGCUACCUGAUGAUCCAGGAAAACUAUCUUCGAUGUAAGCCAAUGGCGUUGAACAACAGAGGCUACAACAAAAGGGAGGAGAACCUCAAGGCGCUCGAACUUUUUGAUCAAGCGGCAGAGAGUAUCAGUGACGGUGAUCUCGUCGAUCGCAUGAUCCACGGACCGCAGCAACAGUGGAGUCUCAUGCCAACGCAUGCCAUCUUCAGUACCGUACGCCCUGCCAGUUUCAUCGCCGGCCAACUCAUGGGAUCCAACUUUACCUCGUGGCUUGGCAACAACAGCAAGACAGGCAAGCUCAACCGAUUCAUCCGUGAGAUUCAUGCUCAUAUGCGACUGAGGUCCUCUGGUGACGCGAAUGAGAUUCGCCAGCAAUACCUUCCUGUCCUGUGGGAACGGAUAAUCCGCCGCCUUGAUAUUGAGGGCAAGGAGAGUGUGUCGGACAUUAUCGAUCUUAUGGACAGCUACUACUUGACUCGCGAUGACUUUGAUGCGAUGAAGGAGUUAGGUGUGGGACCGCAGGAUGAGUCUCGCAUCAAACUCGAAACGCAGACAAAGGCACACUUCACAAGGACGUACAAUCAAAUGUCCCACCCUGUUCCUUUCAUGAAAUCGGGCAAUGUUCAAGCACCGAUGAAGAAGGCCAAGGACGCUCCUGACCUCGAAGAAGCUAUCGAGGAGGAAGAUGAGGGCGAAGCUGAGCCGGAGGAGGCUGUUGAUGAGGACAAGCUCGACCUGAAGACGGACAAGUACGUCAAAGCAGCCAAGAAGAAGCCCGUAAAGGGGGCCAAGGCAAAGGCAACAAAGAAAGCGGAGGACGGAAAUGAGAGCGAUGCCAAGCCCAAGAAAGGCCGCGCAAAGGCCCCUGCGGCGAAGGGCAAGGCCAAGAAGUGA